ACAAUCUAUCCCAUAGAUUGAAUACACUAAUACACUUUACUAUUUAUGGCACUUUAUAUUGUAUUCAAUUGUUUUACUCAUUUGUAGUAAAAAGUUGCAGCCUAAUCCACCAGGUCUCUUCUUAAUGAAAGUAGCAACUUAAAUAUUUUUAUAAUUUAAAAAAAAAAAAAAAAGGAAAAUUUGUGAAUAAGAGAAGGGCGCGGGGUGAGAUAAAGCCAAAGUUGAAAGAAUGAAAGAAAGAAAAUAAUUAAGAGAGAGAAAAUAAAAGAAUUGAAAGAAAGAAAGAAAGAAAGAAAGAAGAAAUGUCUUUCUCAAACACAGAUCCCUAAAUGAAGUUGUUUGUUGCAGCAACAAGAAGAACAAUUUGACAACCAAGAAACAACCUAGUUUAAUUAUCAUGAAGUCAAUCAACAACAAUGAUGAUGGAAGUAGCUGCAACCCCAACAACACCACCGCCAACAAUAACAAUGGUUGGUUACUAGGUUUCUCUCUUUCUUCUCAAAUGAACAACAUGACUCAACAACACCACCAACAACAACAGCAACAUCAACAACAGCAGCAUCAACAACAUCAAAAUCCUAGUAGUACUAGUUCAGUUUCUAGCUCACUUGCUACCUUAAACAGUUUAUUCCCUUCUCAUCAGCUUUACCAACCAAACAACAACAAUAUUUACAGUGGUAAUUAUUAUGGAGGUGAAAACACCGAUCAUCAACUGCAUGAUAAUAAUAAUAACAAUAAUCAUAGCAGUAAUCAUCAUAAUAAUAAUCAUCACAAUUUGUUAUACUCUCAUCCUUUCUCUCUCAUGCCUCUCAAAUCUGAUGGCUCCCUCUGCCUCCCUCAAGGAAUGGUGCAAGCUGCAAUAGGGAAUUGCUCUACUACAACAAGCUCUACCACAACAAAUAAUGCAACACCAAAACUUGAAGAUUUCUUCGGCGGCGAUCAUCAUCAUUACGAGCAUCAUCAGCAACAACAAGUUGUGCACGUGCAACAAUACCCAUUUUACCCUCAACUAGUAGGAGAUCAUCAACUCCCACCACCACCAACAAUGGGAGAAACAGAAAUAUCAGCUGGAUUAAGGAAUUGGGUACAACGGAGCUACAUUGGGUGUAUGGGAUCGGUUGAUGCUGAUAAUCAAAUCAACGGUGGAGAUCAUCAGAGUGUGAGUGUCAGUAGUAAUGGUGGGCCCGGUAAUGGGCCUGGUGCUGGGCCUAUGGGUGGGAUAGGGUAUGCUGAUUUGCAAUCACUGAGCUUGUCAAUGAGCCCAGGGUCCCAGUCCAGUUGUGUGAGUGGGUCCCACCAACACCAGAUUACACCCACCAAUGUGACAGCCAUGGGAACUGAGUCGUCGUGUUUAGGGAUGGAGAUUAGUCGGAAAAGAGGAGGAGAGAGAAUUGAGCAUAAUACUAAGCAAAUUGUUCAUCGCAAAUCUUUGGAUACUUUUGGCCAAAGGACUUCUCAAUAUAGAGGUGUUACUAGGCAUAGAUGGACAGGAAGAUAUGAAGCUCACUUGUGGGACAACAGUUGCAAGAAAGAAGGCCAAAGUAGAAAAGGGAGGCAAGUAUAUCUAGGAGGAUAUGAUACAGAAGAGAAGGCAGCAAGAGCAUAUGAUAUGGCUGCACUCAAGUAUUGGGGGUCCUCUACUCAUAUCAAUUUUCCGUUGGAAAAUUACCAACAACAACUUGAAGACAUGAAGAACAUGACUAGGCAAGAAUUUGUUGCUCAUCUUAGAAGGAAAAGCAGUGGGUUUUCAAGAGGUGCAUCAAUCUAUAGAGGAGUUACAAGGCAUCAUCAGCAUGGAAGAUGGCAGGCACGAAUCGGCCGAGUAGCCGGGAACAAAGACCUAUACUUGGGAACAUUCAGUACUCAAGAGGAAGCGGCCGAGGCGUAUGACAUUGCAGCAAUUAAAUUCAGAGGGACUAAUGCAGUGACCAACUUCGACAUAGCUAGGUACGACGUAGACCGUAUCAUGGCUAGUAGUACCCUGUUAGCUAGUGAGCUAGCUAGGCGAACCAAGGAUCCACUACCACCACCACCGGCACCAGAAAAGAACGUAAACGAGGAGGAACGAGAGAAACCUGAUUGGAAAAUCGUCCUUUACCAUUCCUCCCAGGAGCAGCAACAACAGCAGCAGCAGCAACAACAACAACAGAUUGAGCAGGCCUCAAUUGGAAUGCGCUCAGCCCAAGCCCAUGAUGCAAUGCUGGGGUCAGCCCAACAAGAGAUUGGUGGUGGGGCCCAUUACUCUAACACGUCAUCAUUGGUUACUAGCUUGAGCAGCUCAAGAGAAGAGAGUCCUGAGAAGAACACUAACAGCAGCUUGCCUUUGGCCUUCACAAUGCCACCUUCAGCAACCAAAUUGUUUGCUAAUCCUGCAGCAAACAUUGGCACUUGGAUUAACCAACCUGUCGAGCUUAGGGCCCCUUCCAUUUCACUCCCUCAAAUGCCAGUUUUCGCCGCUUGGGCGGAUUUACACUGAGUUACUCGUGUUUUGCUAGUGUUACCUAUAUUGCUAUUUCCCGCGGAUUAUAAUCCUAUACAUGUGAAUUGGUACAGUGGUACAAUUUGCGUUCCCAUACCCAUACCACGACUAGGUAACAUUGUUAGUUUUUGGGUAUUGAUCACGGUCAUUAGAUUCGUAGUAGUUAUUAAUUAUUAGUAGUAAUUAAGGCUAAGAUGGGUUAAAUUUAUUUCAUGGUUUUUAUUUGGAUGUAAGGUUAAUUAAUUUUAUGUAGAUCUUUUGAUCAAAAACUGAAAGUAACAGUAAGGAAAGAAGAAAGCAUUUUAAGCCUUUACAGGUUAUCA